AUGAAAACAUAUAAUUGGAAACAUAUUAUUUAUCUAAUAUUAUCUAAUUGGCGACAUCUUUUCUGCUUUGACGUCCCAAAUCCUCUUAAUUCUUGGGAAGAAUGUGCAUUCGGAUUUCAUUGGCUUCACCAUAGAAAGUUGUUUUUCAUGUCCUCUUUUGGAAGAGGGAAGAUGAAGAUGCGGCUGAGAAAGCCAGUGCUAGUGUUGCUUUUUCUGACAGUUGUUGCCCCCAUUGCGCUUUACACCGACAGACUCGCUACAUUUUCUUCAUUUUCUACAUAUGAAUUCAUUCAGGAGCCUUCAAAACUGUCGUUGCAUCGAGAUGUCAGGCCCCUAAAUUUGCAUCCUCAGGAGUUAUCUGCAUCACAAGAACCAUUUGAUGAUGUUUAUUUGGAAAAUUUGGCUAGAUCUAUUCAACAUCCUGAUGGUGAAAGAUCCAGGAAAACUAGAAAGCUUAAUGAAGAAUCCAAAAGACAAAAUGACAACCCCAUCAGGCAAGUAGUGACGCUUGAAGAAUUGGCUGAAAACAAGGAAAAUGACAAGUUGAAAGCGACUCAAACAGAAACCAAAAAAGAGGGAAAAUCCAUUGAACCUGCAAAAACCAAAAGCAAGAAAGCAGAUGAACAUGUUUUAACAGAUACCCGUGUUAAGUAUCUGAAGGAUCAGUUGAUUAGGGCAAGAGUUUACCUUUCCCUUUCAGCAACAAGAACAAAUACUCAAUUUAUUAAGGAACUUCGGUUACGUAUGAAGGAACUUCAAAGAGCACUUGGUGAUGCAACCAAGGAUGCAGAUCUACCAAAGAAUGCGAAUGAGAAGCUGAAAGCAAUGGAGCAGACACUGGCAAAAGGGAAGCAAAUACAGGACGAUUGCACUGCUGUUGUAAAGAAACUGCGUGCCAUUAUUCACUCUACAGAAGAACAGCUGCGGGUCCACAAGAAACAGGCCUUGUUUCUGACUCAUUUAACUGCCAAAACUGUUCCAAAGGGUCUCCAUUGUCUUCCCUUACGCCUUUCAACCGAAUACUAUUCUCUUGAUUCUUCUGCUCAACAAUUCCCAAAUCAAGAAAAACUACAUCACCCCAACCUCUUCCACUAUGCAUUGUUUUCGGAUAAUGUGUUGGCUACUGCUGUAGUUGUCAAUUCAACCGUUUCCAAUGCAAAGGAUCCUUCAAAACAUGUGUUCCACAUUGUGACAGAUAGGCUGAAUUACGCAGCAAUGAGAAUGUGGUUUCUUGCAAAUCCAGCUGGCGAGGCCACAAUACAAGUUGAAAACAUCGAGGAAUUCACAUGGCUGAAUGCAAGUUACAGCCCUGUCUUAAAGCAAUUGGGUUCACAGAACAUGAUCGAUUAUUAUUUCAAAACACGAAAAUCCGAGUCCGAUUCCAAUCUGAAAUUCAGAAACCCAAAGUAUCUGUCAAUCAUGAAUCAUCUUCGGUUUUACCUUGCGGAGAUAUUCCCAAAGCUUAGUAAAGUGGUGUUCUUGGAUGAUGAUAUUGUGGUGCAAAAGGAUUUGAGUGGUCUUUGGUCUAUUGAUUUGAAAGGGAAGGUGAUUGGUGCUGUUGAGACAUGUGGGGAGAACUUCCACCGGUUUGAUCGAUACCUCAACUUCUCAAAUCCUCUGAUUGCUACAAAUUUCAAUCCACGUGCGUGUGGAUGGGCGUAUGGAAUGAAUGUAUUUGAUUUGGAGGAAUGGAGGAAGCAAAACAUCACUCAGGUUUAUCACUCGUGGCAAAAGUUGAAUAAUGAGAGACAACUGUGGAAGCUGGGGACGCUGCCACCUGGCUUGAUAACAUUUUGGAAACGGGUAUACCCGUUGGAGAGGACAUGGCAUGUACUUGGGCUUGGGUAUAACCCGAGUGUCAGCCACAGGGAGAUUGAAAAAGCUGCUGUGAUUCACUACAACGGGAAUCUGAAGCCGUGGCUGGAAAUAGGGAUUCCAAAGUUUCGAGGGUAUUGGAAUCGGUUUCUGGACUAUGAUCAGGCUUACAUGAGGGAUUGCAAUAUGAGCCCAUGAGUAGAUAAUAAAGAAGCAAAUUUAUUCUUUUAUUGUUGAUGUUGAUUAGUUUCCUCGAGUCAUGCAUAUUUUAUGCUGUUUGGUAUGGGGUGGAGAGCAGAUGUAUGUGUAAAUGAGAAAGUUGGUGUUGGAGUUGUGUAAUACUCUAACCAUCUUGGGUUUCAGUAGUUUUAGUUGAACCCAAGAAAAGACGAUCUGUAUGUUGUAUUUCUGUAUACUAUUUAUAUAUCUUUGUAUUCCUAUGGGAGAAAUGCAA